UUUCAUAGCAACUUAUUAUAUUAAGUAAAUUAAACUGCAGAAUAACGUUGAAAUAAAAGCUGGUUUGAAGAAGUCUGAAAUGUACAAGUUUUCGUAAAACGCACAGUGUCUACUUACUGAAAGCAAAAUUCGCAAUAUAACAAGCUUCAUUUAAAAAGCUAUUUUUUUGUGCAAAUUUUUUCUCUCAGAAAAUAAAAAAAAACCUCUUUACUUUUUUUUUUUUGGAACUUGACAAUUUUGUUUCAUUACAUCGGGAAAUUAUAAAUGGAAGACAACGAAGCAUUUCAAGAUGAGCUACUUGCCUUAGAAAGUAUUUAUCCUUCUUGUCUUUUACCAAUAUCCGAGAAGAGUUACACAUACACACUGAGUAUACCCGACAGCAGAGUACAUCUGAACCUACAAUUUCCCAUCGAGUAUCCGGACUCUCCACCUAUUGUGCUAGAUGCUUAUGGAAUUGAUAAAGCCCUUGCAGAAGACGUUCUGCUGUCGGUUGCUACCGGUGAUGUAUGUAUUUUUUCGUAUAUAGAUUUGCUGAAAGAACUAGUGGAUAUCGAAACAGAACAAGAAGUCAUGCAGAACGAGCACAAGAAGCAAGUAGAAUCAGAAAAAGAUUCACCAGUAAUGCUUGAUAAAAAUCAAUAUGUUGCUAAGACUCCAGAAACCCAUCAAGAAGAGUGGAAGCCCUCGUUCGACUGGAAAGAAUCACAAGCGAUCAAUGAUAGAAAGAGUACUUUUGCAGCUCAUGCCACUAGAGUUCAUAGCCCGGAAGAAGUUCAGAAAGCUUUGGAGGAGCUGUACAUGAACAAAAAGGUAGCCAAGGCAAAUCACAACAUGGUAGCUUAUCGUGUAAUUUCUCAACGUGGAAAUGUCAUUCAAGACAAUGAUGAUGAUGGUGAAUCCGCUGCCGGAUCACGCAUGGGUCAUUUACUCACAAUGAUGGAUGCCGAGAAUGUUUUUGUUUGUGUCUCACGUUGGUUCGGAGGCACCCAUAUCGGACCUGAUCGUUUCAAGCAUAUUAAUUCUACUGCCCGUGAAGCAGUCCUUUUAACCGGAGCCGCACCUGAACAGAAGAAAGGUAAUGACGAUAAGAAGAAAAAGAAGCAUCGGUAAAAAUUUAUUUAUGUUCUCCUUCGGCCAAAACUUUGCGAGAAAUUAAUUGAGCACUAGUAGGUUUUGCUGAAACUGCUAAUUAUGGAUGUACAAUACUUUAAUAGAAUGUUAAUAGAUAUGCAGUUUUUAAUCUUUGACUC